UUUUGGGGCCAGUUUUCUUUGUAUUCGAACCAGAUUUUCCCCUAAUUAGACUCACUAUUAAUUCAUUUGUUUGGGCGUCGAUCUAAGAGUUCAUUAUUUCGUGACCCAUUCGUCUUUAAAAUAACUUCCUGAAAGCGGUGCGAUUGAUGCUUGUAUGCACGCAUCCCUUACUCAAGUGUUUGAGUGUUUCCGCUGGUUUGAAAUGAAAUCCUUCAACGCACAACCAAAAAUUAGAUGGAUAACUACUAUGUUAUUAACACUACCAUAUUAUUAUCACCAUGAUCAUCGUGAUCAUAAUCAUAACGAUCAUGAUCAUCGUCGUCGAAGACACGCUUGAAAUGAUACUAAUGUUUUCUCGCGAAGUUACCGCAACAAAAUGUCUCUAUCGGAUUUUGAUCGAUCAUUAACUAGUUGCUGCCUAUAAUUCUCAAGAAAUUGGUUUGGAUCAAUACUUCACAAUGUUUUAAUGAUUAGCUUACGAAGGUAAAGGAAUCUGAUUAAGAGAUCACACACACGCAUACGUUUGAACAACCUGUCAUUUCCAGGUGGAUGCUUAACUUAAUACUCUACCCUAAGGUCUAGGGAAUAAUUUAAUUGUAGAAAAUGGAAGAGAACACAAGACUGUUUAUGCAAUUAGCUAACCUAGUUGCCCAGCAGAAUGCGCCGCAAACGACUGCAGCCGGCGCCGUUUCCAACGGCUCCGCUGCGCCUCCCACGAAUUCCUCUCCCAUGAACAAUGCCGUGGCCGAUUUAGCUGCGAGACUCCUGAUUAACUUAAUGCCACAGAUACAGCAGGUUUCUACCGCAUCUUCUCAGCAAACUUCACAACAACCACCGCCCCCGCCACCUCCACCACCUCCACCACCGCCACAACAACAACACCAAUCACAGUCAAUACCACCUUCGCCACAAAAUCAUCCGCAUCAGCCAUCGACUUCAUCGCCACAGUCACUACCACCACCACCACCACAGCCAGCAUCACCUCAACAUCAGCAACAACAACAGCAGCAACAACAACAACAACAGCAACAACAACUACUUCAAAAUUCUCAACAGUCCGAUGCGUCUCUGAGCCACCAGUCCCAGGUGGGUAAUUCUAAUCAAAAACCGCUACAGUCGCUUCCACAACAGCCGCAGCAGCAGCAGCCUCAUCUCGCAUCACAGCAACAGAUUUCGCAGCAGCCAUCACAGAUCCAAUCCAAACACCAGCAUCAUCAACCAGACCAGAUUCAUCAUCGGCAGCAGCAACAACAGCAGCAGCAGCAUCAACAACAACAGCGACAGCAACAAAACCAACAACAACAAAAUCAUAAUAAUUCAAAUUCAGACCAGAUACAUCAGUUACAAUAUCAGCUACAACAACUGCAACAACUUCAUUCGAACAACAACAACCUACAACAGUCCCUUCAAUUAGCUCAACAGAUGAAAGAAAGUCCUUCAUUGACCACCGUGGCCAUAUCUCACUCCAACACCGAGGGCGUCAGCACGAACAUUACUUUACCGUACUGGCCGACCACCGCGUGCAGGAGUUCGCCGACGUACUCAAUGUCCACCUUCAAUGACUUUCAGUUUGACGGUCCUGCCGUCAAACGUGUCAUGGGUGAACAAGGAGCAUUCAACUUGCCUUACAUGUUGCAGAAACGGCAUCGUUUACCGAGGGAGAAGAUGAAAAGGGGACCAAAGGAAAAGGAGUUCUUUCGAUGCUUUCUAUUUUGUUUGCCGGAUAUGUAUGCAAAAAUGCCCAAAUUUACGUCAAGUGACCCCCUUGAGCAAGAGAUUGUGCGCUCUUACCAGACUCAAGGUUAUGGGUUUCCUAGCCAAGAUUAUAUAAAUGGAGUUCCCAGAAAAACUUACCUGUGCCUUAAACAAAAAGAAGACCGCUUCCUCCAGUACCUCACCAGUAUCUAUCCUGUACUUGAAGGUAAAAGGUUUGAACUUUACCGAGUGGAUAGACAGAGAAAUCUCAUACAACUCUCCGACCGCACUCCACGAGCUAUCAAAGACACAAAAUAUCAAGGAACCAUUAUCAUAAUACCGUUCAGUCGAUCACCUUAUACAGAUGCAGAACAGCCAGUUAAUGUUAAUUCAGACAUAAGGUUUAGCCAGGGCAACAGUAACUCACCUCCUCUGGAAAUUAUUCAGACUGUUGGCAAUGCAAGUUUUACGUCCACAGAUGAUGAACAAUCAUAUGGUGAGAUGUCAGCAUCACAUCUGUCAUUAGAUGAGGGUGUUCUGACCAAUGAUUCGCCGCCAUAUCACAGAUCUUUUGAAGAAAGCUCUCAAAGAAAUAAUUCAGACUUCAACCGACUAGAUCUUUUUACACGGCUAAUUAAUGCCAGAAACCAGCUGACUUCUGUACGAGAUCUCACGAUGCCUCCCAAAUUGCAUUUAGUUGAUCGACUUUUUCCUCUCUAUCAGAACGAUGAAGAUAUUUGUAACUGUUGCUUGAAUCUAACCUCAGUCAAAGAAACUGAACCUGGCGAUAAUACAGCCUCAUUACAGGCUAAAAAAAUGUUUUGCAGCUUUUGGAAAAAAAUUCUUCAUAAACAUUUUUCUGGUUCCUUUGAAAAGUAUCCAGUUGUGUGUCCAGAGAAUGGUGGAGACUUCUUUGAAGUUCUCGGGAAAAUACUCUCUCAUGGUUUUCUUCUUUAUGGCUAUUGGCCUGUCCGCUUUGCUAAAGCAUCUGCUUGUUUUGUUAUUACUGAAAUUCAAAAUGAAGAUAGUCUUCUGAAAUCUUUCAAAAAUACUCUCUCAGAGUUUGAACUGUGUGUUGUAAACGCUGCUUUAAAGGAAGCUAGAAUGUUGCCACCAAAGUUUUCUGCAGACCUUGAAGAAAGGUUAGUGACAGUUCUUGGGAAAUAUGGUAUUUUAAAUGUUCCUGCUCCUUGUGACCUUAGCGACACUCUUCAACGGAUUGCACAAACUAUUUUAAUUCAUCGGCCUUAUUGGGCGCUUAAGCAACUGGCUGAUGGGUGCAAAAAGUCCAUUUCAUGCUCUUUUAUCGGUGAAAUGUCAGAAGGUGACGUAGACUAUUUAUACCAUUCGUUGGUUCCUGAACCACCUGUUCUCAUUCAUAAGAUUGAAUACAAACAUUGUGAUGUCAGUGAAGAAGGUUCUUAUGUUUUAGAGAAAAAAGUCCGGCAUCAAUUUGAAACAUAUCUCUGGUCUGUUAAUCGAGAGCAGCUUGAAGUGAUUGUGGAAUGCUGGGGUGGAUGUGAUUGUUUAAUAGCUCCAAAAUAUUAUGUACAGUUCUCCAUGCCAGAGCAAGGCUAUGGGGCUGUCUUUAACUGCCAACAAAACCUGCUUGUCUUAUCCAAGCGACUUGUAAAUAAGACAGAUAUUGCUGAUGCUCUAAAGAAAGCCACUGAAUUAGAAAGUGCUGAACAGAAUUGACGAAUCUCUCUUGAAAGAUUACUACUUGUGAUAUUCAUUUAUUUAGCUUUGAUCUGAUCAUUUCCUCUUCAACCUUCAACUGAAGCCAAUUUUUCAUUUUUUGUAUACAUUAAUGCAUAAAAAUGAUUAAAGUGACAAAGAGCAAUUACAUUCAUUCAAAUCAGAAGCAAGGAACUUAUAUCAUUACUUACGAGCGAGCUGGCAGAAACGUUAGCACGCCAGGCGAAAUGCGUAGCCGUAUUUCGUCUGCAGUUAUGUUCUGGGUUCAAAUUCCGCUGAGGUCGACUUAGCCUUUCAUCCUUUCGGGGUCGAUAA